AUGCAGUUGUUAACCCGUUGGCUGCCACUGUUGGCGGGAGCAGCCAUUCCUCUGGCGCUGGCUGCAAAAGAUACCUCUACUACUAGCAGCAGCACCACAACGACGACAGAUGCUCUCUUCACGAUCACAGGAACAAUCACAGAUCAUAUCAGCGAUGCAACUUUGCCUACCGGCACUUAUAUCUCCUAUACUUCCACUCUCACUCUUCCCACCGACAGCAAUGGCAAAGUCAGGUCCUCGAUGGUGACUGGGUCCGAGUCCGCUGUGGCUAACGCUACCACUUCCGGUAAUUCGACGAUUCAUACCACUUCCAUAGAUACAAUGACGAGACUGGUCGGCAAUAGCACGGCGAAUGCCACCAUGACUGCGUCGGCGUCGGCUUCGGCAUCUCCCGUUGUCAACACUCAACCUUGCAAUGGCUAUCCCGAAUUUUGUGCUCGCAAGUACUCAAACAUCACCAUGGUGGCUGCUCACAACAGUCCCUUUGUCAAACCGGGCAAUGCUGCUGCGAACCAAGCGUUGGAGGUGGUCAGUCAGUUGAACGACGGUAUCCGGAUGCUGCAAUUUCAGACUCACUAUGAGAACAACACCAUGUACCUCUGUCAUACGAGCUGUGAUCUACUCGACGUGGGCACCCUGACCGACUACUUCACCACGGUCACCCAAUGGAUGAAACAGCACCCCUACGACGUGGUCACCAUUCUUAUUGGGAAUUACGACUAUGUCGCACCCGGAAAUUUCUCCAAGCCGAUCGAGGACUCGGGCCUGUCCGAUCUGGUCUAUACCCCUCCGAAGAUUCCCAUGGCCCUGGACGACUGGCCAACCUUGUCGGCCAUGAUCCUGUCUGGCAAAAGAGCUGUCGUGUUUAUGGACUACCAAGCCAACCAAACUGCUCUUCCGUGGCUGAUGGACGAAUUUUCCCAAAUGUGGGAGACGCCGUUCUCGCCAACCGACCCAGCUUUCCCUUGCACCAUUCAACGUCCCCCUGGUCUCUCAGAUGAGGAUGCUCAUAAGCGCCUGUACAUGGCCAACCACAAUUUGAACGUCGAGAUCAACAUUGCCAACAUCGAUCUGCUCAUCCCCAACACCGCGCAAUUGAACCAGACGAAUGCCGUAUCUGGGCCUGGUAGUCUCGGACGAAUGGCUGAGAACUGCUCUACCAUGUGGAAUCGUCCCCCCAACUUCCUCCUUGUCGACUACUACAAUUACGGCAAUUUCAAUGGCUCUGUUUUUGAAGUAGCAGCGCAGAUGAACAACGUUACCUAUAACGGCAACUGCUGUGGAUCCACUUCUGCUGCUCCUAGUCUGAUGCCGGCAGGAAGCUUGCUGAGCGCGCUGUUCGUUGUUGCAGGUGUUCAAUUGUUCACCUCGAUCUUCUAG